AUGCAAUUAGAGAAACUUGGUGCUGUUUGUUAUAAAAUAAAAUAAAAAAGGAUUUAAUAAGUAUUUUGGAUUAUUUUUGAAGCCAAAAAAUUAAUAUCAGUAGCCUUUAUUUUAAUUUUACCUAACAAAACCAUAGCUCUAUCUAUUGAUUUAAUUUUAUCUUCCGGAUUUACGAUAUAUAUAAUAAUAGCAAAACCCUUGGCUUAGUAAAAUCAAAAUUUAAUGAUUUUGGUUUAAGAAAUUAUUUCUUUUUUGGCCAAACUAAUUCAAACAAUUCUGAUUAGUGAACUAGAAAUUAGUUUUACAAGUUUCUCAGCCUUACUUAAAAGAAAGUUUCUUCCUCCUUAAUCUUCCAAAAAUUCAUUUUUCCUUGAAACAAAUAACUUUUGA